AUGAUACUAUUACAGCAAAGAUCGCUUUAUCUUAUCAACCCUUUUAAAGCCAAUACAAACACACUUCUGAAAUGCUUAGGCCCUCGCUAUUAUAACAUACGGCAGUUUGGAAUUGCGCAUGAUAAGAAUCAAAAAUCGUUCAUUGGACAGACGAUGACAUUUACAAGACUAAGUAAGCAGACUAUUUUGCACGGCAAAUUUGGUCAGAUUAGAUUGAUAUCGACGACAAAUGUAAAUGAACAGGGCAAUGAGCACAAUGAUCCGUUUAAUAGAAACGGUGAUAAACAACCAUCCAAGAAUAGAAAAGACAAGAAAAGUAAUCAAAAUCCCAAAGAUAAGAAGUCAUUUUCAGAGAUACUGGAUCUAUUAAGACUGACAAAACCAGAAAUUCCAAAGUUUGCAAUCGCAAUGGUACUAUUAUGCAUUUCUUCAGCGGUCAGCAUGCUUUUCCCAACUAUCAUGGGAAAGAUCAUCGAUACAGCAAAUCCAGAAAAGACGGAUGUGCCUGAAGGCGGCAUUGAAAAGCAGACAAAGAUAUUUGGAAUCCCAAUGCCGUCGACAAUUCACAUUUUUUCCAAAGAUGUUGCAACAAGUGUCUUUUACGGAUCAUUAGGAGUAAUCUUUCUGAUUGGUGCCGGAGCCAAUUUCGGCCGAAUUGUCUUGUUGCGGACGAUCGGUGAGCGGAUCAUGAUGAAUAUGAGAGUCAACAUCUUGGGCAAGAUUCUACUUCAGGAUGCGAAAUUUUGGGAUUAUCACAAGGCCGGUGAUUUGAUAUCUCGAUUAGUAAACGACUCGACUGUUGUUGCCAGGUCUGUUACACAGAAUGUAAGCAAUGGUAUGCGGUCAUUAAUAAGUGGUUUUGUCGGUAUGGGGAUGAUGAUUGCCAUUUCAGCUAAGCUUACGGCAUACAUGAUGAUUAUUUUCCCAGUUUUGCUAUUCAUAGCGCUGGUAUUCGGUCGUAGAGUGAAACGAGUUUCACGAGACAUUCAGUCACAGUUAGGAAGCCUUACAAAGGUGUGUGAGGAGCAAUUCAACUUUGUGAAGACAAUCCAGAGUUUCAACAACGAGAAAUACGAGGUUGGGAAGUUUAAGAAAGAGGUAAAGAAAUUAUACAACUUGUCGAUAUUUGAGGGAAAGUUAAAUGGAGUCUUCUACGGGACAAACGGGUUUAUUGGAAACACGUUUCUCUUAUUUAUGCUCACGUUGGGAACAUACAUGGUGAGACAGGGUGAUUUAUCUCUUGGUGAGCUUUCUUCAUAUUUGAUGUACACUACAUACUCGGCAACAAGUGUGUACUCACUUUCGAACUUUUACUCAGAGCUAAUGAAGGGAGUUGGUGCUUCGGGGCGAGUGUUUGAGCUUUUGAGAUUGAAGCCCUCGAUUGAUCCCGAGGCAGGUCAAAAUUUGAAUGUUAACGGUGACAUUAUGCUAAAACACGUCCAUUUCAAGUAUCCAACAAGACCUCAUGACGUGAUCUUUCAGGAUUUAUCUCUCACAGUGAAAAAAGGGGAUCACGUUUGUCUAGUUGGCCCAAGUGGUUGUGGAAAAAGUACAAUUGCACAACUUCUUUUGAGAUAUUACUCAGCAGAGAGCGGAUCUAUCAGUGCAAACAAACAUACAUUAAACGAUGUUAACAUCAAAUGUUACCGAGAACAGGUUGGAGUCGUUGAUCAAGAACCUACGCUGUUUUCUGGAACGAUCAGAGAGAACUUAGCUUACGGAAGAAAGGAUGUUUCAGACGAAGAUAUAUGGAAAGUGUGCGAUCUCGCUUAUUGUAGCCACUUUAUUCGGGAAUUCCCAGAAGGAUUGUAUACGAUUAUUGGUUCAAAAGGUGCCCAAUUAAGUGGAGGCCAGAAACAGCGUGUAGCUUUGGCAAGAGCCUUACUAUUGGGUACAAAAAUAGACGAGGAUACGAAGCAGAAACUUAUGGAUAGGGAAGGGUCAAGAUUGUUUGAUUCUGAAGGAAGAACGCUUCUCGGACCAAGCAUUCUACUUUUGGAUGAGGCAACAUCAGCAUUGGAUGCACAUUCUGAAGAUGCAAUCAAGAAUACGUUAAAUCUUCGCAGUGAGGCCAAUUUGACCACAAUAUCGAUUGCCCACAGGGUGAGCACGAUUAAGAUGAGCAAUAUUGUUGUUGUCCUGGAUUCCAACGGUAAUAUUGUUGAGCAAGGUGGAUACUAUGAGCUUACAUCCAAACCAGAUAGUGAGCUUAAUAAGCUUUUGCGCAAGGAUAUGGAAAAAAGCAGCGUUGAAAUUAAGGGGAAAAAGCAGAGUAUAGAGGAUUUAUAG